AUGUUCUCCACUACUAUCAACUUCUCCGGUCUCAUGUGCCUCGUCCUUGCCCUCAGCCCUGCUGCCGUCCUCUCUGAUCCUCAGGUGCCCGCUCCCCCAUUCCCGGAGAUCAUCAACCACGGCCCUGAGACCACCAACCAGGGCCCAGGCAACAGCGAGACCUCCGCCGGCAGCGGCGUCAAUGUCGGCAUCCCCGGCGGUCCCUCUGUGAACGUUGGCGCCGGAUUCCUCGACUCUCACCGCGGUCCCUGCGGCCCUGGCUCAGGCGAUGACCACAGCGCCGGCGCCGGUGUUAACGUUGGUAUCCCCAGCGGCCCUGGCGUCAACGUCGGCAAUGGCGAGCACCACCACCAGGACGGCUAUCCAUGCCCUGAGCCUCCUGCCGUUGUCGUCGUGCCUACUACCACUUCCAACCCUCCCCCCGUUGUUGUGCCUACUACUACUUCCAACCCUCCUCCCAUUGAGACUGCCCACCCUCCUACUUGGACUAGUGUCCCCACCAUCCUCCCUCCCACCUUCACCACCCCCAUCUCCGGCCCUCUCACCACUGUCCCGGCCGCCUGGGCACCUAUCGCCCCCGCCCAGUCCUCCACCCCUCUGAUCCACCACGCCGUGCCCACUGCAUCGGCCUCACCUUCCGCUGUUCCUUCUGUUCCCGUCGUGUCCGUCUUCAAUGCCGGCUCAUCUCUGGUCCCCGGAUCCGCCCUCGCAGUGGCUCUUCCCAUUAUCGUGGCUUUCUUCCAGUAA